UAAUAAGAAAGUUCAAAAAUAGGAGUUCCUCUUGAUUUAUUUCCCAAAUAGGAGUUAUUUGUUAAUUGACCGUUCCUUUUUCCAAUUCUACCCCUCUUUACAAUUACCCUAUAUUUCUGUCAGAUUCUUCUCGAUCUCCCGCACAUUCUCCCCUCUUUCUCCCUUCCUUCUCCCUCUCCCCUGCCCCCCUACUCUGGCGCACAUGGAUUUCAGACAUGUUGUCUCGUUUCUCCAUCGGAAUCUCAUUUCUCCAUCGCUGGAUCUGUCAAUUUUUUUCAUCUCCGGCCACCACCGAUGGGCGCCGCCGCGACGGCACAGGUUAUCUUUCUUCUUUCUUCUCCUUCUCUUCCUUCACUUCCUCCUCCUUUCUUUUUUCUCAGUUAAUGAAGGAAGAAAAACUUUUAUUGGCUAGUUCGAUCUAAUUGAAUCCAAUCCAGAUAGACACUAAAUAUUGAACUAGUGUUUUCUCUUCAUUUUGUUCUCCAACCGUAUGCUUCCCAAGUUUAUGGUUUAUGAGAUUUUGAAAUUGAAGAUAUUGCUAUGUGUCUUGCCUCUCUCCUUAGCAGAAACUUGAUUUCACAUAAUUUUUUUACUUGGUUUUUGUUUAAUGUUCUUCUCUUUUUCCAGAUUUGUUUUCAUCGUAUUUUUUCUUAUGUUCUUCUCUUUAUCCAGAUUUGUUUUCAUCCUAUUUCUUCUUGAUCUCUUUCUCUUUUUUCUUUUCAACUUUUUCUUCGGUUUUUUGUUUUUAUAACUUUAUAUUUUACCUUUUAAUAGAUCAUAAAUUUUUACAUUGAUUUCGUCAAUAUAAUGUCUUUGUGAUUUUUCACAUUACUUUUCGGAUUUGAAUAUGAAGUUACAAUUUUAAAGCAAGUAUAUGGAAUUAAGCUUAAAAUAGCACUUAUUUCCAAAAACAAUAUUAAUAGUGUCAUAUAUUUCCAUGUGAAAAAUUUACGACACUUAAUGCCAUCAUGAUGGAAAAUACAAUACUAGUAAUGCCAUAUUUUCAUACAUUAGUGUCAUUUUUAUGGUACUAAUUCCAUCAUGAUGGCAAUAUUGAACCUUACAAAUACAUCAUUUAAUAUGGUAUUUGUAAAGAUGACGAUAUGGCACUCAAAUGGCCAUAUCACAUUUUUAACCACUUUUUCCAGAUCUGAUAUUGGCGGUGGUGGAGCCAAAAGAAACAAAGGUGGCCGCACCAGACUAGGAUCCGGCGGCGGCGACAGCGACGCCGGCAGCAAUGACAGUGACCGAUGGUGGAGGCGGCGGCAUCGGAGGUAUCGGUGUUGGCGGCGACGUCAUCAACGUCGGCGGUGGCCGGAGGAGGCGGCUGCCGGGGUGGCUGCCGGAGGCGGUGGCAACGUCUAGUGCAGGUAGUAGGUGGUGUCUGCGGUGAUCUGUUGGACUGGUGUCUUACGUGCAAGAUAAGACCAUAGUUGUGUACAGCUGUUGUUUUAAUAUUUUAAUUUAGGUAUACGGAGUAUUUGAGAUUUUGAGCUAAGACAUUAGCCUUUUCAUUAAGGGUAGUUUGGUCAACUCACUUAAUUUUACUCCUAUGUAAUCACACGGAACAUUAAACUCCUACUUUUGCACUUUUAUCUCUAACAUGAAAUGUAGAUUAGAACAAAGAAAGAAAGAUGCGGUUGGAUUAUCAACCUGGCUAAUUACAUGGCUAAGUGAUGCCGUGACCCUGAGGAAAGAUGCGGUUGGAUUAUCAAGCUGACGCCUCUUUAGUUUUUUGCUCAAUCGUAUACGAAGUAACAUCAAAUUUCACUACUUUGUUUAACCUCCGGUCUUUCUGGCUUGUUGUUUCUUUGCGGUCAAAUCCCCGGCCGAAUCCGACUCUGAUUCAGCCAACCGGUCAACGUGACCCACUUAGCCUUCCCCGAUUGCCUAGCUUCUUCCUGGACCUUUUCAACCUUCUAGCAAACUUCUCUCUUCGUUGCUUCACAUCUCCCGCCGCCAUAGAUAGUUGCUCUUUGAACGAUUCCAUGGCUCCUUUCUCCAAUUCCUCUGCUGUCUUGUGGCCUUUAUCCACCCACUACUUGAUGCCAUCCUUAACGUCAUAUGCCCUCUCAGUCGUGUGACUCGUGUCUCCGGCCAUCUCCACCGCCUUUCGGCUUAUAACGGCCACCACCCGUCUU